AUGACACGCUCCGCUGACCCCCGGGGCGCCCGUCGGCACUGCUCUUGGAGAGUGCUGGCUGGAAGUGGGCUCAGGACGCUGGUGUUGCUCAGCGUGGUCAGGCCCCGGACCCCGAGACGGCCCCUGGGGCUCCGCGUGGCUGGCGGCCAGGCUGUCUGCCGUGGCUUGCGCACCUUCGGCCAGCGCGCUGACCAUGGCGUCCCACCUCCGUCAGCCAGUCCUGGGCCUCAGUCAGGGGCGUCCCUGCAGGACUUCGUGCUGCUGGGGUUCGCGGGUGGUGUGCACACACAGGCCCUGCUCUUCGCCCUGUUCCUGGGCCUCUAUGUGGCGACCGUGCUGGGCAACCUCACCAUGAUCGUGGUCAUCACGCUGGACGCCCGCCUGCACUCGCCCAUGUACUUCUUCCUCAAGAACCUGUCCUUCGUGGACCUGUGCUACUCGUCCGUCAUCGCCCCCAACGCCCUGGCCAACUUCUUCUCCCCCUCCAAGACCAUCACCUUCAUGGGCUGUGCCACCCAGUUCUUCCUCUUCUCUCUGUUUGGCACCACGGAGGCGUUCCUGCUGGCCGUGAUGGCCUACGACCGCUUCAUGGCCAUCUGCCGGCCCCUGCGUUACCCCGUCACCAUGUGCCCGUCGGCCUGUGCCCGCCUGGUGCUGGGCACCUACUGCGGGGGCUGCAUCAACACCCUGGUGCAGACCAGUUUCACGUUCACGCUGCCCUUCUGCGGCUCCCGCCGCGUCGACCACUUCUUCUGUGACGUGCCCCCGCUGCUCCCGCUGGCCUGCGCCGACACCACCCUCAACCAGCUGGUCAUGUUCGGCGUCUGCGGCCUCAUCAUCGUGGGCACCUCCCUCGUGGUCCUCGUGUCCUACGGCUACAUCGCGGGCACCAUCCUGCGCGUGCACUCGGGCGCCGCGAGGCACAAGGUCUUCUCUACCUGCGGCUCGCACAUGACGGCCGUCUGCCUCUUCUACGGCACCGUGUUCGUCAUGUACGCGCAGCCCGGCGCCGUGGCGUCCAUGGAGCAGGGCAAGGUGGUCUCGGUCUUCUACACGCUGGUCAUCCCCAUGCUCAACCCGCUCAUCUACAGCCUGCGCAACAAGGACGUGAAGGAGGCCCUGCGGCGGCUGGGCCAGAGACCCGCGGCCGGUGAGCUGGGCGGCACCCGGCGGGCGGGGCCGCGGGGUCGCCAGUGAGGACCGAGGGCCCUCUGCUGUCGGUCACCCUGCCUGUCCUGCGGGGAC